AUGAUUGAAUUUGAUAUUGAUAUAUUUAAUAUUCGCGGUGAUUUACAACGUCUUUUAACUAAAAGUGCAACACGAAUUAUUGUGUUAUGGGCUGAAUCAAUUUAUACAUCUUUGAUUGUGCAAUAUGCUCUCGAUCAAAAUUUAGUUGGUCCAUAUUUUACAUGGAUACUAAGCUCUAGGAUUUCUUUAAAUUCUUUCAAUGAAAUAUAUCAUCAAAACCUAAUUGAAAUGCUUCUGAUUGAACCGCUUAUAGAUUCAACUGCGAGUCAAUCAAUUAAUACAACAUUAUUAAAUGCAGCAUAUAGAAUUUGGCAACAGUAUGAACCUAAAUCUUUUCCUGGGUCAAUGAAUAUAAAUCAUUACGGAUUAUUUGCAUUUGAUGCAACAUGGUCAUUAAUUCAAUCAUUACAACAAUUGUGUUCAUCAAAAACAAAUAGUAUUUUAUGCUUGUUAUUUGUUGAAUCUUCAUUCUGUUUUGAUCAUCGACUCGUUCAGUUAAAGUUGUUAUUAGAUACAGUUAGUGCAACAGAAUUUCUUGGUGUAUCUAGUUCUAUACAAUUCAGUGUUCAUAUAACAGAUCAAAUAAAGGAUUCAUAUUAUUCUAUAAAAAAUGCUCAACUGUCUUCGAAUGGUUUAAGUUUUGUGCCCAUAUUGGAACAUUCUGAACCUAGUUAUUGGAGAAUGCCUACAGAAGAAAAUGUUAUAAUAUGGCCAGGUAACUUAUUAAUAAAACCUACUGAUCAAGCAAUGCUUAAAGAUGUACGUUUAAGAAUUGGUGUUAUGGAAUCACCUCCAUUUACAAUAGUUGAAAAUGUCAUAGAUGCAUCGGGAAAAAAUACAACACAAUUGUACGGCUAUGUACCAGAUCUCAUUGAACUUUUACAAAAGAGACUUGGAUUUAUUUCAGAUAUUCAAUUGGAAACAUCAAAUUAA